AUGAAUAUUGAAGAUCUUGAAAAAACAACUUAUUAUCACAAUAUUGAUAAAAUUAUCAAAAUCAAAGGAUCAUACAAAGGUGAUGAUGUUGAUUCAUUUCAUUGUAGUAUUGAUGAUAAAGAAGAAGAAAUCACACAUCGGAGCAAUUAUGAUGAUAUAUCACAAUCAUACAAUUUCACAGCUGAUUGCAAAAUUUCAAGUUCAAUUAAUCAAGAAAAAGGCUACACAUUGAAAGUUUGGGCAGUACAUUCUAAUGAAGUCUCAGAUGUUGUAAUUAAACAAUUUUCAUUAAAAAGAAACAAUCCAGUUCUCAAAGUAUCAGAUUUAAGUAAAGGAUCAUAUUUCCACAAGAGAGAUAGUUCUAUUUCAGUUUCAGGUUAUGUUUCAGAUAUAGAUGGUGAUGAAUAUGUUACGAUAGAAUCAUAUAUUGAAGGAUAUCAAACAACAACAAGAUCAAGCAAAAGUAUUUCUAUUCAAAGUAGCAGUGAAUAUCCAUUCAGUCUUAAUGUUAAUAUUCCAGAUUCUCUUCCACGCGGAAAUUAUCGACUUAUCAUCAGAUGUUGUGACAGCUUAUCAAAAUGUGCUUCAACAAUCAAAAGAUUUUAUUUCGAUUAUAAUAAGCCAGUUCUCAGAGUAUCAGAUUUAAGUAAAGAUACAUAUAUUCACAAGAGAGACAGUAUUAUUACAGUUUCUGGUUCUGUUUCAGAUAUUGAUGGUGAUGAAUCUGUUACGAUAGAAUCAUAUAUUGAAGGAUAUCAAACAACAACAAGAUCAAGCAAAAGUAUUUCUAUUCAAAGUAGCAGUGAAUAUCCAUUCAAUCUUAAUGUUAAUAUUCCAGAUUCUCUUCCACGCGGAAAUUAUCGACUUAUCAUCAGAUGUUGUGACAGCUUACCAAAAUGUGCUUCAACAAUCAAAAGAUUUUAUUUCGAAUACAACAAUCCAGUUCUCCAAAUAAUCAAAAAACCAAUAUUCCCAGUUUUUAUCAACAGAGACAAAUUUAUAAACUUCACACUUUCAGUUUCAGACAUCGAUGGCAAUAGUCAUAUUCGUAUAUAUCACAGUCUUAACAACACAGAAGGCAAUCUUGUCAAUAUCAGUCUUCAAGAAGAAACGAGCAAAGAAUUUGAUUAUAACAUUCCUCUUCCAUCUGAUAUCAAUGCAGGCGAUUGCCUUCUUAAGUUUUAUGCAGUGGAUGAACAUAAUCUUUACUCUGAUUAUAAAACAUUAAAUGUCUCAAUAAUUAAAUCAUUUCAUACUUACAAAUUCGAGUUAUCUUAUGCAAUAAAAAGACGAAGAUAA